AUGACUCCUAGGAUAAGGAAUGAAGUAUCCUUCGAGACUCCAAAGACCCGGAAGGAGACAAUUCACAUGCAGUUCAAAGGUAAAGCCAAAGUUGAGGAUGAUGAAUCAUCAAACGAGACACCAAGAGACGUCGACUGGAAAUUGGCUCGAACUGUUCAAAGGUACCAAAAGGAACAAGAGGAAGAUUAUGGUCUGGAUGAUGUCUCGCUUCCUGUCAGAGGAAAUCCUCGCAAAGACCUUUCUCACGAAGUUCAAAUUGCUCAGUUUGGACAAGUUCUCGGUUCUGAGUUUUCCAUGAAAGAUCUUGGACCUCUUCAUCAUUUUUUGGGCAUUGAGGUUCAAACUAUGGCUGACGGCAUGCAUCUAUCUCAAACACACUAUGCCUAUACAAUUUUAGAACGUGCUCUCAUGACAGAUUGUCAGCCCAUGCCGACGCCUAUGGCUCAAAAGUUGGAUUUGACGUCAGAUGACACUCCAGUAGCUGAUCCGAGUUUUUUUCGCGGGCUUGUUGGUGCCUUGCAAUAUCUAACUUUAACUCGACCAGAUCUUUCUUACAGUGUUAAUUUCAUUUCUCAAUUUAUGCAUUCUCCAACUAUGGCACAUUUUAAAUGUGUUCGUCGCAUUUUACGAUAUUUGAAAGGGACUAUUCAUUUUGGUUUAUCACUUACCGCAAAUACUUCACUUGAUUUAUGUGCUUUUUCAGAUGCAGAUUGGGCAGGUUGUCCAACUACUAGGCGUUCUACCACUGGCUACUGCACAUUUCUUGGUUCUAAUAUAAUCUCUUGGUGUGCCAAAAAACAAUCAACUGUGGCCCGGUCCAGUACUGAGGCUGAAUAUCGGGCUAUGGCGCAUACCGCUGCUGAGCUUACUUGGUUAAGUUAUAUUCUGGCAGACCUUCAUAUUCCUAUUUCUCGAACUCCAGUUCUCUAUGGCGAUAAUCUUAGUGCUUUGUAUUUGACUGUAAAACCAGUGUUUCAUGCUCGUAGUAAACACAUAGAACUCGACUAUCAUUAUGUAAGGGAGCGUGUUGCUCAAGGAGCUCUUGUGACUAAACAUGUUUCGACAUUUCAUCAACUUGCUGAUAUAUUUACAAAGAUCAUGACUAAAGCUCGCCUCGCUCAAUUUCGUACCAAACUAUGUCUUCAACCUCGCCAUAGUUUGAGGGGGGAUAAUAACGAAUAUGUUGUGGAGUGA